CCGGUAUCACUAUGCUCAUCGCGCACUUUGAGGUUUCCUUUUUUUCUCAUCGGUCUGCUUGGAUUUUCCUUUAAUCAGAUUUUCCCCGUAAAUUAAUUUUCCACGUGAUAAGUCUUGUUUGAUCCUUUUUUUCCGAAAUGUCGAUGCUACGCUCGUCGAAAUUCGUCAAAUAUUUUAUUUCCUUUGCUAGAGGGAUCGCUAUCAACCAGCCACGAGGGGUGGACGAUUCGCUCCUCCAGAAAAGCCGAUCGUUAAUUGCUUGGAGCAAUAGGUCUUUCGCUAGCGCUUCGGCACACCAUGCCACAAAUCUUAUUAACCGCUCGCUUCAAAAGCUUGACCGAGAAGUGCGAAGGGUCGGCAGGAUAUCACGAAAAGAGCUACAGGAAGUGUUUGAUGAAAUAAGGCUCCACAAUCAUGCGACAACCACCCAGUCACUCAUGCUAAUUAGAUGCUGCGGUAAUCUUGUCCCAGAAGAGACACCAGAAGUACGUGUUAAACUUGUACACGAAAUCUGGGACACUUUCGAAAAGCUAGGUGUGCCUUUUGAUAUAAGCCAUUAUAACGCCUUGCUCCGGGUACAUUUGGAAAACGAACACAAAUUUUCACCAACAGAAUUUCUAGUUACACUCGAGCAAAAAGGAAUCGAGCCAAACAGAGUUACAUAUCAAAGAUUGAUAAUGGCUUAUUGUCAGAACGGGGACAUCGAAGGGGCAAAAAACAUUCUUGAAUUUAUGAAAGAAAAGCAAAUGCCUGUGAACGAAAGUGUAUUUAAUGCAUUAAUCAUCGGCCAUUCGCAAUGCAAUGAUAUGGAGAGUGCUGCAGGUAUAUUAUCUGUCAUGAAGCAAGCAAAUUUGUUACCUUCAGCAGACACAUACACAGCUUUGAUAUGCGGAUAUGCCAAACAAGGUGAUAUAGAAGAGAUAAAGAAAGUUCUAGACGAGUGUGACAAAAAUGAAGUUUAUUUACAAGGGAAAGACAUUCUUGAAGUAAUCUACAAACUGGCAACUAACGAUCAUUACGAACAUAUAGGAAUGCUUUUAGACUAUCUUAAAUCACGGUCUAAUUAUAACCAAGAUGGAAAAAAUGUAAUUUUGAGAUUGAUCGCAGCUGGAGAAGACAAAGUCGCUUUGGAUGUACUCAAAGCUAUGCCAAAACCGGUAUAUGAUGAAGAGGAAAAUUUAAAUGUGGGGAACUUUUUUUUAAGGCAGAUAGUAAAGUUAAACCGGCCAGUAGACGUGAUUGUAGAAAUGUGCAAUGAGGUCAAAAAUCUCGGUAACAAAAAAGUUUUUUCGGUCGUUGUGGAAAAGAGCCUAGAGUUAAAUAAUCCUGACACGAGUUCAAAGCUGUUGACUCAUCUCGCCAAGGAAGAGCCUGUAUGUUUCCACUAUUAUUGGCCGGUAUUGGUCCAGUAUGGCAAAGCCCAUAACUUGACAGGUGUUCUGAACACAUUGAGGCAGAUGUCACAAGAGGUUGGUCAGCCGCCGUCAAAUGAAACCCUCAGAGAUUAUGUCAUCCCUUACUUUCAAAAGGAUAUAAUCGGAAUGAAGGGUAUUAUCACUCUAAAUCAAGCCGGAGUUUCAAAAGCCUCGUCAGCAUCCGCAUUCGUAGCAUAUCUACUAUCAGAAAACCAAAUAAAAGAAGCAUGCAAACUUGUUUUACAGUAUCAAUCUAAUUACAACGCUCAUUUCUUGAGGAAAUAUCUCGUUUCCGCCUUUAUAGCUACAAAGGACAUCUCUUCAUUUGUAACAAUCGUCACAGCUAUGGAGAGCAAUGAUGUAGACGAUGUUGAAUCAGGUGGCCGUGUUUUACUCGAUACAGUUCACUAUUUAGGAAGUGAAAGAAGUAAACUUCUCCCUGCCAUUUUGUCUAAAUUUUUGGAAAAUGGCAUUUCAAUUUCCAACGAAGUAGCUGAACUUAUUCAGAACAAACUGAGCGGCGAUGAAUUGACUGAAGAAAUAUCCACAUUGCUUACUAAAUUGACAUCGCCCGAUCUUUCUUUAGCUGAACUUAGACGGCCAAAUAGGAGUAGGCAUUUAGAACACGAUGAAGAAGCAUUACUCAAUUUGAUUAAAAAUGUAGACGAAAGAGGCGAGAAUACCUUGGGUUUAAAAAAGCAGCUUUUGAUGUUGUACAUCCAACAUAAAAAUAUUGACAAAACAUUAAAACUAUGCCAACAGCUCACCAUGGAAGGUUUUGAGUUUCAUAGCAACCUCCUUGGGCAUCUCUUCGACUUGUUUAUCAAUUUCAAUAAAUUGGACGAAGCGUUGAAUUGUCUAAACAAACUCAAAAAACACCUUGGCUCGAAUGUCGAUCAUUCAAAAAUUAUAAAAAUGGCCUAUUUGAUGUACCAACAAAAUAAAUUUGAUGAUGCGCUUGAAUUAAUUAACAACUCGGUUCAAGAGGAGGUUAAAAAUAAUGCUAACUUUCUUUGUUCGUCUAUCUGUUGGAAAUUCCUUAACUCGUUGGCUGAAAGUGGAGAUGUUGAGAAGUUGAAAACCAUAUUUGAAGCACUUGUAAAAGGAAAUUUUAUUUCUCCAUCUAACGUCCUUCUUGGUCCACUUAUUAAAGUCCAUAUCUUAAAGGGUGAUAUGGAAAAGGCACUAGAAGCAUUUGAAGAGUGUUGCCUUAAAUAUCGAGCAACGCCAUGGAAAAAUGAAAUUGCGUGUAAAUUGAUUGAAAAAGAAGAUUCUACAAAUCUACAGCGUGUAACAGAUCUUUCGACGCAUAUCCAUGGGGAGGUGAACAGCCUCUAUGACCUCGUGCUUUCCUUUGUCGAGUGUGGCCGUAUCAGACAAGCCAGGAAAAUACUCGAGACCCCUGGUUUGAGACAAAGGACACAAAGGAUCAAUGCUGCUUGUGAGCGCUAUACCAGUGAAGGGCGAAUUAGCCAUCUAGAAAGCUUAGUCGAAGUCACUAAAGACCUCAGUCAUAUCAACAGAGCAGAGAUAUACCAAUACUUACUCAACUCCUACGUGAAUGAAGAUAACGUUGACAAGGCGGUCGGCUUGUGGACCCAGAUGCAAGAAGAAGAUGUCCAACCGACCAACAAAUUUUUAAAUAUGCUUGCAAAGCUGAUGGAAAAGCACAACAGAACUGUCCCUUUCCACGUUCCAGAUUAUGUUGAAAUGGAGGAAGAAAACGCAGGUGAAAAUGCAAAAAAUGCUAUUUCUGAACCCCUGAGAGCAUUUCGAACAGCUAUUUAUAACAAAGAUGUCGAUGAAGCAAUGGAAUUGUUGCAGUCAAAGUUAAUAAUAACGGAAUUAUCACAGAAUGACAAGUCAAGGCUGUUAAAGUUGAUGAUAGACAGCGGCAGAAUUUCACUAGCAAGCAGAUGUGUAAUCGAAUGGCUUAAACAGGGUGUGAAACCGAAUACUGGGACAUUAAGUCUUGUAAUUAACAACCUUGCAAAAGUAGGGGAUAUCGAAUCCUUCAAUGCAAUUGGGCAAUAUAUUUCUAAGGAUGUUAAAAAGAGGAUUUCAUUUGUUAACCGUCAGACACAUUGCAUGGUUGAAGCUGGUCGUGGAGAAGAGAUGCUUAAUCAGCUCCUUAAUGCAAUAAGCUCGGCGAAUACGGCAGAAGAGCUUGAAAACUGUGCAAACAAUUUCCCACGUGGAGGAAUCCACUCGGUUCUGCAAGUCAUGCCAGAACUCCUUCCCAAAUUCGAAGAAAUAGAAAAGGUUUAUAGAGACAAAGGAAUUAUGGGACCGACCAAUUCACUGUGGAUCUACUACAUGAUCAACGGGCAAAAAGAAAAGGCCGAAAAAGUUUGGGAAAAUUUUAAGACUUCUGACCGCUUCAUGUUCCAGCCCAUAUUGAGCGUAUCCAGGCAACGACUCGAUGUUUCAUUGCUCGAUGAUUUAAUUGAAAAAAGCAAGACAGUUUCUGCCGGCCCUUCAACUUUUGCUGUGAUAUACAGCUGCAAACUUGACAUCAUUCUGAAAUUGAACAAAGAAGAUGAGGGAAAUAAGGUGCUAUCUGAAGCACUUGAAUUUUGCCCUAUUGAAAAAAUUAAUAGGAAUGUGCUUUUAAAAUUGAAGAACAUGCUGGAAAUUAACGGGAAAGAAUUUAAAUUUGUAAUCCCAGAAAAAAGUUUAGAUGCAACUAGAAAUUCUAGCUCAUCGAGCGAUAGUGACAGCGAAAGCCCAGAAUUUGCUGCUAAAUUGUAUUGAUAGUUCCAAAAUAAUUCGUAUUUUCUACAUGUUUAGCUAGUCGUUUUAUAUUAAACUAUGUAAUUUUUCCAAGCACUUGUUGCUAAUUUUUAAAAAAUAAUGUUUCUGUGUAAAUAAAGUUGUUUAAUAAUAAUACCAA